UUCACUGCCCCCAUUCUCUGCGCGAUCGAAGCGCCCGGCCAAAACCCUCGGCUUUGUUCGCUCGAUCAUGGCUAAGGCUUCGAUCCUUCUCCUCCUCCUGCUCGUCUCCAUCCUAUUCAUGUCGAUGGUGUCGCUGAUGACGCUGGCGGCCGAGCGGGAGAAUCAUUCCUCGUCGAACUCGCUAGGUGGGAUCUUGUGGUCCACUGACAUGGCUGAGGGGGAUCUUCUCGCCAUGGCCGACUCUUCACCCGUUGAGGAACAUACUGAUGAGUUUUCCGGGGGCUUCUCGUCCUUGGAUGGCAUGCUGCAGUGGGCUAUUGGUCACUCUGAUCCUGCAAAGUUGAAGGAAAAAGCAAGUGAUGUUCGGAGAUUAUCUGCAGAUGAACUAAAAAAACGUCAAUUGGAAUUAAAGGAAUUGAUGGAGAAGUUAAAGAUGCCGUCAGACACAGAGUUGAUGCGAAUAGCAAUAGCUGAUUUGAAUAAUUCUUCUCUUUCUUUAGAAGAUAGACAGCGUGCAUUGAAUGAACUUUUGAUUCUUGUUGAGCACAUUGAUAAUGCAAAUGAUCUUGACAAACUUGGUGGCCUUGUUGCGGUAUUUCGUGAACUUUAUAACCCUGAGCCGGAGAUUCGGAUAACAUCUGCUUGGAUUCUUGGUAAAGCCAGUCAAAAUAAUGCGCUUGUUCAAAAUCAGAUUCUGUCACUUGGCGCACUUGAAGAAUUGAUGAAGAUGGUGAAGUCUGGUUCCACAGAAGAAGUAAUAAAGGCAUUAUAUGCGGUUUCUGCUCUGAUUAGAAAUAACAUUGUUGGCCAGGAAUUGUUUUUCUCUGAGAAUGGAGAUUUAGUACUUCAGGACAUAAUGAAUGAUUCUAGUGCUGAUAUCCGGCUUCAUAAGAAGGCUGCUCUUUUAGUUUCAGAUUUAGCUGACUAUCAAUUGGCAAAUGUGGAUAAUGUGAAACUUCCCUUCUUCAAUAACCGCCUCCUAUUGAAGUCUGUGGUUGGGCUAGCAUCAUCUACAGACCUUGAUCUUCAAGAGAAGGCAUUAUCAGCAAUAAGGAGUCUGCUACAACUUUCCUAUACGGAAGCUUCAGUUUUCAAAGAUUUCUGUGACAUGGAUGGAGUACUGGAGAGAUCAAGAGAGCUUCUAGAGAACUUAAUGACCCAAGAGGACUUAAAAGAGUAUGCCAGGGAAAUUGAAGCUCUCCGCCGAGAAGUAUACAUCAUUUUCCACAAUAAGCUAGCUGGAAAAGGAGGCAUGGGUGCCAACAUGAACGUGCUUGCCCGGUGACUUGAAUUGGAGUGCUACCACUGUUUCUUGGCCUUAUACUUUCACCUAAACAUUGAUGAAAUGGAACUUUGUUGUUCUAAUGGCUUAGCAAAAUCUGGUUUGAGGCAGAAGUACAUCAUCAAAAACUACUUUCAUGAUUUCAUCUGGAGGGGAUGGAUAGCAGGUGUAAUCUGAGUAGAGCUGUAUAUCCUUUUAAUAUUAAAGGAACUGAUUUAAUAGUUUAACAUAUUUAGUGUGCAGUUUUGUUUCACAAUGACCAAUCAGAACUUUUAUUCAUUU